CCCCGACCCCAAGCAACCAUCCAGCAGCCAGCUAGGAGCUACUCCUUUCCGAGUGCACUACACUCUCCUUGCCAGCCGAUCUGCAUUUCACUAGUUCCACACUGCCGUUCCCCGAGCCCAUUGAGCCACCACCAGCUAGCAGGUGCGGGCAUUUCUCCCCUUGAGUGCAGCGAGCCGGCCGACGAGUGCGUCCGUGAGAUACCGAGAUGGCUCAGGGAAGAGGCGGUGCAAGCGCAGGGCGAGCCAUCGGCGCCAUGGCGUUCGCCGCCGUUGCCUGCUGCUGCUGCGUCGUCAUCGCCGACGCAGCCACCACCUACUACGUCGGGGACAGCAACGGCUGGUCCUUCAGCAGCCCCAGCUGGCCCAACGGCAAGCACUUCCGCGCCGGAGACACUCUCGUGUUCAGGUACAUCCCCUGGAUCCACAACGUGGUGGCCGUGAGCGAGGACGGGUACAACGGCUGCACGACGCCGCCGGGGUCGCGGACCUACACGUCCGGCGCCGACAGCGUCACGCUCGCCAAGGGGGACAACUUCUUCAUCUGCACCCGGUUUGGCCACUGCAACCUCGGCAUGAAGCUCGUCGUCUAUGCCGCGUGAGCACAGCCGCGGCGGCGGCGGCGGCGGCGGCGGCCAUGAUCUGUCAAAGCUAGCGACUAGUAGCAUAUUCGAUCGUUUGCCUGCCUUCCAUUAAAAUUGGGGAGCCAGUUCAGUUGGGUGGGUGUUUCUUCGGUUCUUGGCUAGGAGGUUUGGUGUCACUCUGUCUGUGUUGACUGACUGUGGGCGUGGAUGUGCAGGUGCUUGCUCUGGAGUGAGCUAGUUGAUUUGAUUUCUGCUAUUUCAUGUAAGAACCGUUGUUAAUGGGCGCGUGUUUGAACAUUUGCUUUCCAUGACAAAUCGUUUGAGAUAUGUAUCGGUCGAGGGCGAA